GGCACAUCGGCUGUGGCUGAAGCGGUGCAACCGCCCACCCGAAAUUUUUGGUCUGGAGCAGCUCGGCGCCGCUCGCGAGAACCUCACCACCCCAGCUCCGGAGCUGUCAACCCACACCUUUUCGCGACGCCAUUGCACCCUCAGACCGAGUCACCGAUUAUUUCCCUCCCGAACAACCGUCGAUACCGAGCCCCACAAUGUCCAAGGCAGCGGCAGGUGGUGCCAAGGGCCUCGAGCAGGUCGUCAAGAUCAUUGUCGGCGCCGGCCAAGCCAGUCCUAGUCCUCCCGUCGGUCCUGCCCUCGGUUCCAAGGGUAUCAAGUCGAUGGAUUUCUGCAAGGAGUUUAAUGCGAGGACGACACACAUCAACGUCGGAACGCCAUUGCCCGUCCGAGUCACCGUCCGGCCCGACAGAACCUUCCACUUCGAGAUCAGGACGCCUCAAACAUCAUGGCUGUUGCUCAAUGCGGCCGACGUCCCGAUUGGAAAGAAGGGCAAGAGGAAAGGUGCCCAGAAGCCAGGCCACGAGACUGUUGGGUCGGUUAGUCUCAAGCAUGUCUAUGAGAUUGCAAAGAUCAAGCAGUCAGAGCCCCGGUUGUCCGGUCUGUCAUUAGAAGGCAUUUGCAGAUCGAUUGUCUGGCAAGCCAGGGGGAUGGGGAUCUCUGUGGUUGCUUAGAGGGGUCAGAGGACAGGCUGGGUUUGGAGGCGUUACGGUUGUUUGCAAAACAUCUUGAUAUCCGACAAGAGACGGGAAUAGCCAUAGCAUUGUAGCUGUGGUUUUGUAUAUAUAUCACCAUGUACCAUCAGUUGUAUGAUUUCAAGAGGUACCAUGUGCUGAUAGUGGGAGGGUCUGCAGCUUCCCCACUUACAGCUUUGCCUCGUGGGCACCUUGAUAGAUUCGCCCGAGCUUUUGAUCAC